AUGCUAGCAGCCAGGUGUGGACAUGACGAGGUGUUCCACUUCCUUGUUACAAACGGAAGUGACGUAACUCGCUUGAGCAAUGAUGAUGACAACAUUCUCCACUUCGCCUGUUUGGGAGGUAAUAUAGAGAUAGUGAAAUACAUCCUCUCACAAGACUUUAUAGAUAUAGAUAGUCGAGGAAAGUUCGGACGAACACCAGUCAUGAAAGCGGCAUGGGGUGGACAUGUUAAUCUGUUUGACCUCCUGGAAAGGGUUGGAGCGGAUCUAUCUCUAGUGAGCGAACAAGGCGACACAAUCUUACACCUGGCCUGUCACAGAGACAAUGUGCCUAUGGUCAAGCACAUCCUGUCUAAGCACAUUGUCGGCGUCAACUGCCGGGGAAUGAAUGGGCGGACACCUGUGAUGAUUGCGGCGAUGUAUGGACACAGGGGCGUGUUAAAAGUACUUGUUGAUAAUGGUGGUGAUGUAUCACUUGUGGACUCUAAUGGUGAAAACGUCCUCCAUGCGGCGUGUCGGGGUGGAAGUAACAACAUGGUGCUCCAUUUUCUCUCUAAACGCAUCGCCCGUAUCAACAGUAAAUCAGGCAACGGACAGACGCCAUUGAUGCUUGCAGCUGAGGGAGGUCACAGAGGUGUGUUCGACUUGCUGCAUGGGUGUGAUUUGUCUGUGACUGAUGCCGAUCGCAACAACCUCCUCCACAUAGCCUGUCUUGGAGGCCAUGAUGAGACGGUGCUGCACGUCCUCAAUCUGGAUCUGUUUGACAUCAACUGUCGGGGGAAGGGGAGACGGACGCCACUCAUGGUGGCAGCUUUAGCGGGAAACAGACAAGUGUUUGAUGUCCUCGUACGUAAAGGCGGUGACCCAUCCUUGGUGGACGAUGACGGUAACAACAUCCUACACAUCGCUUCCUUGGGACAUGAUGUAGAAACGGUGAAAUAUGUCCUCUCACUGAGUAAUGCUGACAUCAACAGCAGAGGCAGGUACGGGAGGACUGCGGUGAUGCUGGCUGCCGAGUCUGGACAUCGAGAUGUGUUUUACUUUCUUGUCUGUAGAGGAAGUGACCUGGAAUGUGUUGACGACAACGGCGACAGCAUCCUUCAUCUUGCCUGUAUUGGAGGACACGUGACGAUGGUGGAGUGCAUCAUAUCUCUGGACAUCGUAGACAUCAACAGUGGAGGUCAGUACGGGGGAACGCCGCUGAUUGCAGCAGCUGAGGGGGGACACAGAGACGUGCUGGACUUGCUCAUCAGUAAAGGUGGUGACGUGUCUCUGGUGGAUGACUACAACAACAACAUCCUCCAUGUGGUGUGUAUCGGCGGCAACACCGACAUUGUUAAGUAUGUCCUGUCCAAGCAUGUCGUGGACAUCAACAGCAGGGGCGAGUACGGCCGAACCCCUGUCAUGAUCGCCGCUCGCUGGGGCCAUAAAGGAGUGUUUGACCUGCUGGUCAGCACAGGCGGUGAUGUGGCACUGGUCAGUGACCACGGGGACAACAUCCUCCAUGUGGCUUGCUAUGGAGGUCACGUGGACAUAGUGAAGCUGAUCCUGUACAAAUACCAUGUAAACCUGGACACCAGGAACCAGUACGGGCGGACGGCAGUGAUGGUCGCGGCACGCAUGGGUUAUGUGAGCGUGGUGGAUCUUCUGAUCAGACGGGGAGCCGAUGUGUCUGUCGUCAAUGACGAAGGCGAUAACCUGCUGCACGUUGCCUGCAGCGGCGGCCACCUGGAGAUGGUGGAGUACGUGGUCCUGCGCGACUUGGUCGACAUCAACUGUACAGAACUCCUGGGAAUGACACCGCUCAUGUUGGCAGCAAAGCAUGGACACAUUAAGGUGUUUGACCUUCUCGUCAGUGAAGAAUGUGACGUGUCUGUGUUGACAGUGAAUGGGGACAACGUCCUCCAUGUUGCGUGCAGUGGAGGGAAUGAGAGGAUGGUGAAUCACAUCAUCCAGAUGGACAUGGUCGACGUGGCGGCGAGAAACCACUUCGGGUCUACAGCUGCCAUGGUAGCCAGAGAACAGGGUUUUCAGUCUCUCUCCGACAGCAUGUCCACGUGA